AUAGUGGCGUCUUCCAGUGUGUGUGUACGCGCAGGUGAGAGUGAAAGAGGCAGAGGGAGGAACAGCAGAAGUGGAGCUGCAAAUACUUGAUUGCGCGGGCUUUAAUGGUGGAAACAUGUCGUGUGCAGGUGGAAAAAGAAAAGGGACACUUCCAUUAUGGAUGAUGAUACACUGUUCUGUGACUGGCGAGGGAUGCUCUGUAACCGUACUAGUCAAUUGGUCUUGACUGUGUGUGUUGAGUAGCUCAGACGUGUCUUAUCUUUACCUCAUAAUGCGCAGGCGUGAUCCUAUCUGAGCCCCGCAAAAAGCUGUUACCAUCAGAACUAGACGUCGUGUCCAUUGCUCCUCAUGUGGCGCUCAAACGAAUGCUAAAAUUUUGAUCGGCUAAUCCAUUUAAUUGAUUGUCUUUCAAAGACAGUCGGGGAAUGAAGAUUUGCCUGCUAGCUGAUGUUGUCGGACAAGACAGUCCAACCUGUGGAUAGUGUGGAGCGCGUCUGUGGCCACCGGCCAGCCCCCGCGAUCUGGGACGCUCAGCCUUCAUCCUACUGAGCGCGUCUUUCGCCGUUGGAACCGGUCUGUCUCGGCGUGGGAUCCGGUGUUCCGCUUGAGCUAAGCUGUGUGCAGGAAUUCAGUUUAUGAAUGGCACUGACAUGGAGGAAAUACCGUUUCAGAAAGUCAAAACCAGGCGGAAGAGAAGUCACUGUCCACCGGGUGUCCCUUUGACCAAAAUCGUGUGUGAAGACGAGUUCGACUGCAAAGAACUCGAGUCCCUCUUCCAGAACUACAACCUGAAACUGGAGCAGACGUCUACUCUUAAAGCCCUGGCGAUUCUGAUUUUCAUGUCCUCGACAUUGGCCGUAGUGGAGUUGCUGACCGGCCCCAGCCUCACCAUCUCCAAGGGGUCCCACCCGGUCCACUGUAUCAUUUUCGUCUCCCUUUUCAUCGUAACUAACGUCAAGUACCUGCAAGUGACUCAGCUCCAACAGAUUGUCAACCUGACGCUGCUCUUUGGCUUCACUUUCUCAUUUCUCUGCUGCCCCUUCUCACUGGGUGCGAUGGGGAUCGAGCCCCCGACGUCCCCAGAGCAGGGUGUGUGGCAGCUCAUCCUGGUCACAUUUGUCGCCUACGCGCUCCUACCUGUGAGGACACUUUUGGCUGUUGUGUUUGGAAUAAUGGUCUCCAUCUCACAUUUAAUUGUGACUGCCACUUCUGUCACAGUAAAAACACAGAAACUAUGGAGGACGUUGGUUGCCAACACAGUGCUGUUCACCAGUGUCAACCUGUCAGGACUGUUUGUGCGCAUCCUGACAGAGAGAGCCCAGAGGAAGGCCUUCCUGCAGGCUCGCAACUGCAUUGAAGAGAGACUCCGUAUGGAGGAUGAGAAUGAGAAACAGGAACGCCUGCUAAUGAGUCUGUUGCCCAGGAACGUAGCUAUGGAGAUGAAAGAGGAUUUCCUGAAGCCCCCUGAAAGGAUCUUUCACAAAAUCUACAUUCAGCGUCAUGAUAAUGUCAGCAUCCUGUUUGCAGAUAUAGUUGGUUUCACCAGCCUGGCCUCUCAGUGUACAGCCCAGGAACUGGUUAAGCUGUUAAAUGAGCUGUUUGGAAAGUUUGAUGAGCUCGCCACGGAGAACCACUGUCGCAGGAUAAAGAUCUUGGGGGAUUGUUACUACUGCGUUUCUGGACUGACCCAGCCCAAGACUGACCACGCUCACUGCUGUGUAGAGAUGGGUCUAGACAUGAUCGACACUAUAACGUCAGUGGCUGAAGCCACAGAAGUCAACCUUAACAUGCGUGUGGGCUUGCACACCGGUCGCGUGCUAUGUGGAGUGCUGGGCCUCAGGAAAUGGCAGUAUGAUGUUUGGUCAAAUGAUGUGACACUGGCCAAUGUGAUGGAAGCUGGGGGACUGCCAGGGAAAGUUCACAUCACCAGAUCUACGCUUGAGUGCCUAAAUGGAGACUAUGAGGUGGAGCCUGGAAAUGGUCAUGAAAGGAAUGCCUUCCUUCAAAAACAUGAAAUAGAAACCUUCUUUAUAGUGCCAUCUCACCGACGGAAGAUAUUCCCAGGAUUGAUUCUUUCGGACAUAAAGCCCGCCAAAAAGAUGAAGUUCAAAACUGUGUGCUACUUACUAGUGCAGCUUAUGCACUGCAGGAAGAUGUUCAAGGCUGAGAUUCCCUUCUCCAAUGUCAUGAACUGCGAGGACGGUGAUAAGAGGAGAGCCAUGCGUACGGCUCCACAGAAGCUAAGGAACCGCACCAACGCUAACCAGGCUAACUUGAACCAGAGCAGCCCCAGAACCCGGGUCAACCGUUACAUCGGUCGGCUAAUCGAGGCCCGUCAAACUGAGUCAGACACAGCAGACCUCAACGUCCUCACGCUCAUGUAUAAGUGCUCAGAACACGAGCAGAGGUACCACCAGGUUCCUGAUGAGUACUUCACCAGCGCUGUGGUCCUCUCUCUGAUCCUAGCUGCCUUGUUUGGACUUGUUUAUCUUCUCAUCAUACCACAGGGCACAGUGGUACUUGUCCUUCUUGUCUUCUGCAUCUGUUUCCUAGUAGCUUGUAUCAUGUACCUGCAUAUCACUAGAGUACAGUGUUUUCCAGGGUGCCUGACUAUUCAGAUACGCACUGCUCUCUGUAUUCUCAUAGUGCUCUUAAUCUAUGCUGUGGCCCAGGCCUGUGUGGUGGGCUGUAUGCCCUGGUUGUGGGGUAGUGCCAACACAAACAGUUCCAUUGUCAUUAUUGAUUUGGACAGCGGAGCCAACCACACCAUGGCAGAGCUGCCCUGUGACGGUGCCCGAUACGCUUUUCUAUCCUGUGUGGUGGGCACUCUCACUCUGGCACUUUUCCUGCGCAUCUCAUGGCUGCCAAAGAUGGCGCUGAUGCUUCUUCUGGGGGUGCUCUAUGUCACUGUGUUUGAGCUCAGUGGCUUUCGCAAGACUACAGGUGGGGGGUCUUUCCACAUCCGGGGCUAUGAGCCCAUCCUGUCUCUGCUGCUUUUUGUCAGUGCCCUGGCCCUCCACUCCAGGCAACUUGACCUCAAACUGCGCUUGGACUUCCUUUGGGCUGUGCAGGCGGAGGAGGAAAGGGAUGGAAUGGAGAAAGUAAAGCUGGACAACAGGAGGAUUCUCUUCAAUCUUCUGCCUGCACACGUGGCUCAGCACUUCUUAAUGUCAAACCCCAGAAACAUGGUGAGCCACGCUAAUAAACAGGCAGACAGGCAGACAGACAAGCAGGAUCUGUACUAUCAGUCCUAUGCACAAGUUGGUGUCCUGUUUGCUUCGAUUCCAAACUUUAAUGAUUUCUACAUCGAGCUGGAUGGCAACAACAUGGGAGUGGAGUGCCUGAGACUGCUAAAUGAGAUCAUUGCUGACUUUGAUGAGCUCAUGGAUAAGGAGUGCUACAAAGACAUUGAGAAAAUCAAAACUAUUGGCAGCACAUACAUGGCAGCUGUGGGACUCGUCCCCACCAUUGGCACCAAGGCCAAAAAAUCCAUUUAUGACCAUCUGAGCACAAUAGCAGACUACGCCAUUGAAAUGUUUGAUGUAUUAGAUGAAAUCAACUACCAGUCAUAUAAUGAGUUUGUCCUAAGAGUGGGUAUCAAUGUGGGUCCUGUGGUUGCAGGGGUGAUUGGAGCACGGAGACCUCAGUACGACAUCUGGGGUAACACAGUCAACGUGGCCAGUCGAAUGGAUAGCACUGGAGUGCCCGGAAAAAUUCAGGUGACUGAGGAGGUUUAUCGGUUACUGAAUACCAACUAUGACUUGGUCUGCCGUGGCAAGGUCAGUGUCAAAGGUAAAGGUGAGAUGCUGACUUACUUCCUGGAAGGGAAGGUGCAGGGCGUUGGCACUGCAACCACCUCAUCUGUAAUGCGUUCUGCCAGCCUGGCACGCCGUAUCCACUCUUGUGGAAAGACAAGCGUUCCGACCAAUCUGGGCAGCGUCUCCUCUGCUGCCAGCCUGACUGCUCAUGCAAGCAUGGGUAGCAACCUUCAGAUGAACGCUGCCAACAGCAGCCACAGCCAAGCAACAUGCCUGCCCUCACCCUUCGUGCCUGCGGUGGGUGAAGAGGAAGAGGAGGAGGAUGUGGAGGUGACCGCAAUUCAAAUUGAAGCUGUGGCAGCUGUUGCAGAGGUAGCAGUGUAGAAAGAAAGACAAGACUAUUUGAAAAAAAAAGCGAAAAAGCCAUGGUUGGAAGCCUGGGAAAGUCAGUGCUGUCCAGGCAUUCCUUCUAAAUCCUGAGCUAGAGGCACAACCCAGGAUGUGCUCAUUCAGGAUAUGAACUUCCUCCGACAUGAAAUGACAAUGUGGACAAUCAGAUUUGCUUUUAGAGAUUUUGAACUGUGUACCACUCUUCAGAUGAAGAAGUGGAGAGAAGAAAAAGGCACUCAGAAUCUCAAAGAUUUUUAUUUUAACAUCUCUAUAACAGAUGAGUAGAUUUGCUCUGUUUUUGGGUUUCAUCAGAUCCAGGUAUAAUAUGCGUCUAUGUUUUUUAUGAACUGCGUAUUCCAUGUACAAGGAAUAUAUACACUGAUACCCAGAAAAAAGACUGAUAAUGCUAUUGCUUUUGCACUGUCUUUCUGAUUAUGCCAAGGAUAUAUUGCAUUAUUUACAGUGUAAAAUGAUGUUGUUUCUUUUUGGUGUAUGUCAGCAUGCAUGUGUGUACUUGUGAGAGUGUGCGUGUGCAUGUAUGGUCAGUUCUGAAUUGUAAUGAAACAGCACAAAAUCUUUUUUAUACCCAGUGCUCACUGGAUGAAUAAAGCUUUUUAUUUAUAGAUAAUAUAGUGCAUGACUUUUUAAGAGUUAACAGCCAUAGUAAUGAUACUGUUGUUGAAAGAAAACCAAAGUACUGAGAUUUCCAUAGAUCUUGAGUUUUACUACUUGUAUUGCCUCACCUGACAAGGGGGAAGACGUUGCAACAUAUUGUCAUCAUCAUCAUUAGACCUUAAGACUGUCUUUUUGAACCUUGACAAGACUAAAGAUAUCCUGAUAUCCUGAUGUUCUGUUACUAUCCUGAUUCACAAUGGCUUAAUGUGCAAUGAAUACAUACAGAGAGUGGCUGCUUUGAUGGUGAAAAUGCAAUAAAGGUCAAUGACAGCAGACAAAAGUAGAGCAAUUAUACUAAGUUGGAUGUGUGCUACUAUGGAAUCUAGUUUAUGCCAAAAGCAGACCAGCCACAAAAGAACGCCACAGAGGACCAAUACAUUUCUACAUUUGGUGCAGCCAUGUGCACCGACUGUUGAGUUUAAGGAUGACAUUCACCCAAAAUGAAGAUAGCACAGACAUAAUAAUAAGCACACCACUUCCACAAAUGCAUGACCUUUAAGUGUAAAAUGUUCAAUGUAAAAAACAGUUUUCUUGAGUCUGCAGAAACUUUGGUGCAGUGUCUGGCUGCUGGUGUCUUUCAGGCAUAUACAUUUCUCUACUACUGCUUUUCAUUAUAUUAAAGCUGCUGUUUAAGUUUUUUAGUAAAAAAAAAAAAAAAAAAUGGGGAAAAAAACAAGAAAAAAAAGGUUGAGCAUAUUUCUCAGAUACCGUGUCAGAAAUAUUCGGCACCUCGGAUAUUUUAAUAGCCUGUAUAUUUACAAGUGCAUAGACAUUUCACUUGGUCUGCAAAACUGUAAAUAUGUCAUGUUUCAAGUUUCUGCCUUACUCUAUAAGCUUACAGUGACUGCAACUUGCCUUUUUAGAUUUAUUCACUUUCAUAUGCAGAUCAUACUUUUUUUGUAAAUAGUCAAAAGCUGUAAACUAUGUUGUAUCUUGUACAGUGUAAAGUUGGGUUAAUGAAUAUUUUGUAAUAAAGACAAUAUUGGUGUAUAAUA